AUGCUACAGGUUGCAGCCGCGUCUCCUGACGCAUUACUAGCUCUCCGGCCCACCGCGGCCGCCGUCGUCAAUCUCCUCCACCAGCCUCUAAACCUUCCCUCUCCCCGCCUUCGCCACUCCGUCUCCUUCCACCGCCACAAUAUCAGCACUUCCCACAGCAUCCCUAGAAUCGUCGUAUGCCAUGGCAAGUUGGAUGGAUCGUACGGGGCGAAGCCCGAGCCGAUGGAGAUGGGAGAAGCUUUCUUCGACGGAAUUGGGGCGAUGAUGGAAGGAGGAAUCGACGAGGAUGGCUAUUAUGAUGAUGAUGACGACGACGAGACAGAGAGCAGUAUCGAUUUGUUCCUCAGAUUGAUGCAGAGCUGGUUGAAGAAAAUAUCCAAACGUGCCAAGAGGGCUUCUCGCUCUGUACUGCCCUCUGUUCUCUCCCCGCAACUGGUUUCUUUUGCGGUUGAUGGGGUGCUGGCUUUGUCUGUACUCUUCAUCUUCAAAUCACUUCUUCAGGUGUUUUGCACCCUUGGAACCACCAUCUUUGUCGGAGUCCUGCUCGUACGGGUUGUCUGGGCAGUGGUUUCCUACCUCCAAGCAAAUGGGAACGAUGAUGGAAGAAGCUUCUCUGGUACUUCACGGGCAGCCAUGUAUGAAACAAAAAGGGUUUGUACAGAGCAUGUAUACCAGGAGAGGAAAUCUCUAGCAGAAACUUUCCUUUUACAACAGGAAAUUUAG